GAGCUUGGGGGGGCUGGAAGAGAGUCAAAAGCAUGGCAGAGGGAAAGCUCCACUUGCCAAAGGGGGUGGGCAGAAGCCACACCGAGAGCGUAAGAGAGAGAGAGAGGGUGAUGGGGCGCUAGCCGAAUUCGCCCCGCUUGUUGGAUACUGAUUUUCAGGUUCUCCUGGCUCUUCGCCCAGUGCGGACGUGCUUUUCUCGCUUUUCCUUCGCUUUUCUCGCGUUGUGCGGCCAAAAACUGCAAACGGAAAAUAACAAAUUACAUAUAUAAUACAAAAUAGUUAAAUAAAAGUAAAACCUCGAAGCCAAUUAAGCCACCAAAAAGAUAUUAUUUCUUUAAACACCCCCAAGAGUUAUGAUAAAGUGAAAAGUAGUUGAAUUUCCCCAAAAUGUGCAUUUAAGUCAUUAAUAACCAUCAAAAAAUACACAAGUUAGUGAGCCAAAAAUUAGCAAAUGCUUGUUAAAAGUUAAAUAAAUAGUAAAUGCUGGACUCUUACCUGUCGCUAAUGAGCUCUGCAAACCGCCAAGGUGUAAAUCGAUAAAGAAUUUAAAAAUAACCCAAUCAAUCAAUCUCCGAGGACUCCACAACCAAACACUGCCAAAAAGAACCCAUCUAUAUAAAAUAUUAAAAAUAUUUGAUAGAAAACAAACCUCAAGAUAAACGAAAACAACGGUAACGAGCAUUUAAGAGGUCGCCACAGUAAGCCAGAAACUGUAACAGUAACUAACUGUAACGGUAACUGGGUCAGUAGGCAGCGCCAGCCUCAUCGAGGGCUUCCUCCGCCCCUCCCGCAUCGUUGUCCUUCCUCGCCCGCAUCCCCCCGCGGCGACCCUGGACCAUGAACUCCUCAAGUGGUGACGAUGAGGCGCCAAAGGAUCCGCGCACUGGCGGCGAGGACUUUACGCAGCAAUUUACAGAAAACGAUUUCGAGGGACAUCGGGCACAUACCGUUUACGUGGGUGUCCAUGUGCCAGGAGGACGUCGCCACUCGCAGCGCCGGCGUAAGCACCACCACAGUGGUCCUGGCGGUGGUGGAGGAGGUGGUGGUGGCUCCAUCGGCGGAUCCGGAAGUGUGGGCGGUGGUGCCGGCAAGGACAACACCAGCGAGAAGCAACAGGAAGUGGAGCGACCAGUGACUCCUCCAGCCCAACGAGUACAGUUCAUACUCGGCGAAGAUGUCAACGACGGCACACAUGUCUCGCAUCCCCUGUUCUCCGAAAUGGGGAUGCUGGUCAAGGAAGGCGAUGAGAUCGAGUGGAAGGAAACAGCGCGUUGGAUCAAGUUCGAAGAGGAUGUUGAGGAGGGCGGCAAUCGGUGGUCAAAGCCACACGUGGCCACUCUAUCGCUGCACUCGCUGUUCGAGCUGCGCCGCCUGCUGGUCAAUGGAAGCGUUAUGCUGGACAUGGAGGCCGACAACCUGGAGGUAAUGGCCGAUUUGGUCUGCGACCAGAUGGUCAGUGCGGGAACCCUCCCACCAGGCGUCAAGGACAAGGUGAAGGAUGCCCUCCUGCGACGCCAUCGCCACCAGCACGAGUAUGCCAAGAAGACGCGACUGCCGAUCAUCAGAUCCUUGGCCGAUAUGCGCAACCAGUCGUCGUCGAAAAUUGAAGAGCACACAUUGGGGGCCACCACGCCGAUUUCUCUAACGGCCAGCGAACCUGGACCGCCCGGAACCAAUGGAAAUCCAAACCUGAGCACCGCUGCCGGCGGCAUGGGGCGUUUCCUAACGGUGCCCAGUGGAAAACCCAGCAACAGAGCGCUCGAGGACAUGGUCAAGAGCCCCAGCAACCAGUCGAUGGCCAGGCCGGGAAGCGGCACCGAGCUAAACGAGCAGCAGCACAAGGGCAACACCCACUUUAUGCGCAAGAUACCGCCGGGCGCGGAGGCCAGCAACAUCCUAGUGGGCGAGGUGGACUUCCUGGAGCGAACGCUCUCCUGCUUCAUUCGCUUAAGUUCGGCGGCGGUCAUGGGCGAUCUCACCGAGGUGCCAGUGCCCACCAGAUUCAUCUUCAUCCUGCUGGGCCCUCCAGGCAGUCAGAGCAACUUCCAUGAGAUUGGCCGGGCCAUGGCCACCCUGAUGUCCGAUGAGAUCUUCCACGAGGUGGCCUACCGUGCGCGGAAGCGGGAUCACCUUUUGGCCGGAGUGGAUGAGUUCCUGGAUGCUGUCACUGUUUUACCGCCUGGCGAAUGGGAUCCCACCAUUCGUAUUGAGCCACCGGCAGCCAUUCCCUCGCAGGAAGUGCGAAAGCGACCACCAGAGCUGCCCAAGGAGGAGGUGGACGAGGAGGAGGAAGAGGCGCGUUUAAGGGAGGAGUCCGGUUUGUCCAGGACAGGCCGUCUCUUUGGCGGUCUCAUCAAUGACGUCAAGCGGAAGAUACCCUGGUACAUUAGUGACUACAAGGACGCUUUAUCCAUGCAGUGCGUUGCCUCCUGGAUCUUCCUGUACUUUGCCUGCCUCUCCCCGAUCAUUACGUUCGGCGGUCUCCUGGCGGAGGCCACCGGCAAGCACAUGGCCGCGAUGGAGUCUCUGGUUUCCGGGUUCGUCUGUGGCAUGGGCUAUGGCUUCUUUUCGGGUCAGCCGCUGACAAUUCUCGGGUCCACCGGUCCAGUCCUGGUCUUUGAGUCAAUUAUCUACGAGUUCUGUCUGAAGAUGGGCUGGGAAUACAUGACCUUCCGGUUCUGGAUCGGCAUGUGGGUCGCCGGCAUUUGCAUCGUCCUGACCGCGAUUGAUGCCAGUGCCCUCGUCUGCUACAUAACCCGCUUCACCGAGGAGAAUUUUGCCACCCUGAUUGCCUUCAUUUUCAUCUACAAGGCCAUUGAGAAUGUGGUUGUUAUUGGGAAGAACUUUCCAGUCAAUCAGGGGAUAUACGACUGUGUAUGUACACCGCCAAUUGGGAGCAAUGCCAGUGUGGUGGAUUAUGCCAAGUAUAAUUGGGAUUAUUGUGAGUCUUACAAUGGCACCCUGGUUGGCGGAGAUUGCGGAACGCCACCCACCGAGAAUGUUUUCCUGAUGUCGGUGGUUCUUUGCACGGGCACCUUUAUCAUCUCCACCCUGCUGAAGGACUUCAAGAACGCCCUGUUCUUCCCCUCGAUCGUCCGCCAGUACAUUAGCGACUUCUCCGUGUUGAUUGCCAUCUUUGCCAUGAGCUUCUUUGACUAUUCGCUGGGCGUACCCACCCAGAAGCUGGAGGUUCCCAAUGAGCUGAAGCCCACUCUGAGCACCCGCGGCUGGCUGAUUCCACCGUUCUCUGAGAAGAAUCCCUGGUGGUCGCCCAUUAUUGCAGUAUUUCCUGCCCUGCUUGGAACCAUCCUGAUCUUUAUGGACCAGCAGAUCACCGCCGUUAUAGUGAAUCGCAAGGAGAACAAGCUGAAGAAGGGCUGCGGCUACCAUUUGGAUUUGUUUAUUCUCUCAAUUUUGAUUGCCAUUUGCAGCUUGAUGGGUCUGCCUUGGUUCGUGGCUGCCACCGUCUUGAGCAUCAAUCACGUGAACUCACUGAAGCUUGAAUCUGAGUGCUCGGCCCCUGGUGAGAAGCCACAGUUCCUGGGUGUGCGCGAGCAGCGGGUAACCCACAUCCUGAUCUUCCUGACCAUCGGAGUUUCUGUGCUGUUGACCCCGCUGCUCGGCCACAUACCCAUGCCGGUCCUGUUCGGUGUCUUUCUGUACAUGGGAGUGGCCUCGCUCAAGGGUCUACAGUUCUUCGAUCGCAUACUGAUCAUGUUCAUGCCGGCCAAGUACCAACCGGAUUAUAUGUUCCUGCGACAGGUCCCCAUUAAGCGCGUUCACUUGUUCACCAUCAUUCAGCUGGCCUGUCUCAUUAUUCUCUGGCUGAUCAAGUCCUUCUCGCAGACCUCCAUCCUGUUUCCGCUGAUGUUGGUGGUGAUGAUUGGCAUACGCAAGGCCUUGGAUCUGGUGUUUACGCGUCGCGAGCUUAAGAUCCUGGACGACAUAAUGCCAGAGAUGACCAAGAGGGCGGCGGCAGAUGAUCUGCACAAACUGGACGCUGAGGACAAUCACCAUCAGCAUCCCCCGGGAGCUGGUACUGGGCCCAACUACAAUGCCAACCAGUCGGGUCCCACCACCAUUCACAUUCCCCUUUCGGGAAGUAAACCCAGCAGUGGGAGCAACAAUGGACCCACAGUGAACAUUCCCCAGGAUCGGUCUACAGUCUGGCAGCAGAUCAGCAAGGAUGGCAAUGGGAUCUCGGAUCAACUGAUCAUUCCGGUCACCGUUAAAGUUCGUCAAAUCAAUGGCAACCAUGCGCCCCCGAAUGCCACUCUCUCGCCACGCCUUUCGCCCAUGCACGAGGCGGAUGAGUACAGUGAAGCCAUGACGAAUCCGGCGGGAGCACAGCAGCAGCCGCAGCAGCCGCAGCAGCAGCCCCAACAGAUAAGCAAUUGCAAGGAGGCAGCGGCCAGGCUUGAAGGAUCCUCCUCCUCCCAGGUGCCGGGCCCGGCCAACAUAACGCCCGUCUAAGGAGGAUCCAGAUCCAGAUCCAAAUCCAAAUCCAAGCGGAACAAAAGCACAAAGAACCCACGCACAGCCACACACAUCUAUAUGUAUUUGUAGUUGGUCAUUCACAGCCGCCGUAUCAUAAUCUCUAUUUACUAUAUGUAUCUCUAAUAUCGUAGUAGUUUUUCCAGAGGACGAUUUGUAGGUGUGCCAGUAGAGGGUUGUUUGCAUUUGAGUUUUUUUUUUGGGCUCAGGUACCAGUUAUAUACAAGUAUUACUUAUUUAAUAACGACAACCAAAAACCACUCCAAAUAUACACUUUUGAAACGAAUUUUAUAGAGUCAAUUCCGAAGACAAAGACAAAGACUAGGGUAGCGAGAAGAAGCCACAGAACAGAAUCUCCAUCGGUAAGCCGAUGUUUUUCCAACUACACAAUUCCCAUUCCCUGACUUUGACUUGGUUAGCUAUAUGUGGGGUUUAUAUUGAACUGUGAUCUGAUGGGAUAUAUCUUGGGGGGCGCGGGUUGUUUAAGAAGGGGAGUAUCAUUUAGCCUAGCCAAGACAAAGCUGUAAACAAUUUGUAUUAUAUUUUAUGCCUAACACUAAGUUUGAAACCAAACACACACACCUUAACCAAAACAAACA